AUUUUAUUUGGGAAACACUUGAAUAUAGCGUGCUUAUUCUGGGUCAGGUCUGUUUGUAAGUGCUUUGUGUGUAUUAACUCAUUUAAUCCUCAAUCCAAUGGGUUAGUACUAUCAUUAUCCCAAUUUUUAGAUGGGCAACCUGAGACCUAGAGAAGAUAAACUUGCCCACGGUGUCACAGCUGGCUAAUAAUGUGAAAUGCAGAGUGGGGCCUCUGAACUUUCCUCGAAUCUAAAGAAAUACUAUCGAUGGAUGCAAAAUGCAGAGCAUUUCCUGCCCCUUGGCUCAAAAUGUCAGCAACUCUGGAGAAGGCACUUAUCUUUGAUCAGUGUUCGCAGGGGUGUGGCUCACUUGAGGAGUCCUGUCCCCUUGAGAGGCAGGCCCUGGACGUCCUACCUGGAGAGAGACAGGACUGGAUGUGGGUACAUGACUCUCCUAGCAGAGAGGUCAUAGAAGUGAGGAGAGAUGGAGAGCGAGAUCUGGAUGGAGAACAGGCUCUAUCCAGUGCCCAGGAAGGGCAGAGCUUGGCACGUGAGAAGAUUUUAGCAUCAACCUUGGAUUCACCAGUUACCCAACAGUGGCCCACAGUCAUCCAGCCUGAAAAUGUCAUUCCCUUUUCUUGGGUCCUGCAAAAGAGAGCAUCUGCUUCCCCUGCAUCUGCCUUGGAUUGUGUGAAUUGUCAAGGAGACAGGACACAGGAAGAGGUACCAUUGAUAAACUAUCCCCAGGAGCUGGUGAUGUUUGAAGACAUAGCUGUGUAUUUUACCCAGAAGGAGUGGAUGUGUUUGAUCCCUGCUCAGAGGGACCUCUAUAGGAAUGUGAUGCUGGAGAAUUAUGAGAAUUUGCUUUCUCUAGGAGCAUUCCUAUUUCCCAAACCUGCCGUGAUCUCCCAGCUGGAGCAAGGUCAGGAAUCCUAUGUUCUUGAUCUACAGGGAGGUGAGUUAAGAGAGACUCCAAGAAGCUCCUCAUUCCUAUUUCCCAAACCUGCCGUGAUCUCCCAGCUGGAGCAAGGUCAGGAAUCCUAUGUUCUUGAUCUACAGGGAGGUGAGUUAAGAGAGACUCCAAGAAGCUCCUGUGCAGUGUCAAGUGUUAAGACUAAGAUUGGGGGUGAGGAAUCAACUGAGAAACUUGAAAAACUAAGUUUUGGAAAUGAGGAGUCACACUGGGUCAUCCUGAAAAAUGCCCAGAAGAAUCAUGGUGGAAAACCCACAGGAGAAACAUUGAAAAUUAAGACUGGAAAUUCUGGGGAGGUGAAUGACAGAACUAAGAAAAUUCUGAUCGACGUGUCAGAACGAAAGGGUAAAGAUUUAGAGGAAAAUUUACAUAUAAGCUCAGAAUAUCUCAUGUACAAGAGAGUUCCUAAUGAGCACAGUUUCUGUGAAUGUAGUGCAGGUCAUGAAAAUGUCUGUUGGCAGUCAGACCUCAUUCUCUAUGAUAAAAUGCAUACCAAAGAGAAACCUUGUGAAUGUGAUGAAUGUGGAAGAGCUUUCAGGGUGACCUCAGCCCUCACCCUACAUAAAAGAAUCCAUAGUGGUGAGAAGCCUUAUGCAUGUGAAGAGUGUGGGAAGGCCUUCAGCCAGAGCUCUGCCCUAACCCAGCACAAAAGAAUCCACAGUGGGGAGAAACCAUAUAUGUGUGACCAGUGCCACAAAGCCUUCAAUGGGAGCUCAGAUCUUAUUAAACACAAGAGAAUUCACACUGGAGAGAAACCUUAUGAAUGUGGGGACUGUGGGAAAUCCUUCAGGAAUAUCUCAGCCCUCACUGAACACCACCGAAUCCACACUGGAGAAAAGCCUUUUGAAUGUAAUGAAUGCUGGAAAGCCUUCAGUAGCAGGUCAGCCCUUUCUCAGCAUAAAGGAAUUCACAAUGGAGGGAAGCCUUAUAAGUGCAGUGACUGUGGGAAAGCCUUCAAGACCAGGAACUGCCUUACCAUGCACCAAAAAAUCCACACUGGGGAGAAGCCUUAUGAAUGUACUGAGUGUGGCAAGGCCUUCCAGUUUAGACACUGUCUUACUGUCCAUCAGAGAAUCCACACUGGAGAGAAACCCUAUGAAUGUGCAGAAUGUGGGAAGGCCUUCAGUGGGAGUUCAGACCUCACCAAACACAAGAGGAUCCACACUGGAGAAAAACCCUACCAGUGUGCUGAGUGUGGGAAGGCUUUCAGUUGCAGCUCUGACCUUACCAAACAUAAAAUAAUUCACACUGGGGAGAAACCAUAUAGUUGUCACCAGUGUGGGAAGGCCUUUGGUGGGAAGUCAGAUCUUACCAAACACGAACGAAUCCACACUGGGGAGAAGCCUUAUGAGUGUCAAGAGUGUGGGAAAGUGUUUAGUUAUAGCUCAGGCCUUAGGCACCACAAAAAAGUCCAUACUGGGGAGAAACCCUUUACAUGUAAUGAAUGUGGGAAGACCUUUCAUCAGAGCUCAGAACUUAAUGUACACGAAAGGGUCCACACAGGAGAAAAACCAUACAAAUGUGAAAAGUGUGGGAAAGCUUUCAGAGUGAGCUCAGAUCUCAAUGGGCAUAAAAUAAGAAAGCAUACUGAGGAGAAACCCCCUGAAUAUGAAAGUGAAAAAUCAUUAAGUCCAGUGUCCUUCCCUCAGUCUCAUUCACACCUGCCUACCUGCAGCAUUUGACACCAGGGAAUCCUCACUUGUUUGGGGGAACUUAACCCUGUAUAAUAUUGUAUCCUUUGUCCUUGUAUUCCCAAUUGCUCUUUCCUUAUCCUACUUAUUCCCAUAGCUCUUAAUAACUUCUAGUGUACUAUAUACUUUAAUUAUAAUGUUUAUUAUGUGUAUUAUCUUACCCCUCUGCUAGAGUACAAACUCCAUGUGUGCAGGCAACUUUGUCUCUUGUUCACUGGUGUGUUAUUGUAAGCUAGAAUCUUGCCUGGUAAAUGGUGGGGAUGUGGUUGAGGGGGAAGGGGAGGAAGCACAUUAAAUAUUUUUUGAAUUAAAUGAAUUACUUGGUUUCCUUAUACACUUUUUCUGGGUUCUUCUUUAGUGUUUCUGGCUGUUCCUUUCCUCUUGCCUUUGCUGACUCCUCUUGGUCACCUCUUCCCUAAGUUGUGGCUGUGCAUCACACCCUCUGUUCUUUAGGCAAGGAGCCUUCAUUGCUUACAUUGCUCAAUUGCCUAUACCUUCUUCUGACCUGUGCUCUAAUCCUGUUUGACUGAAUGAUGCUCUGCUAUCACCUCUAUGUCAAAAAUACGUUUAAUGUAAAUAAACUACACACAUGCUAUUUCUGUAUUCAGUUGGGCAUUUCAAGGCAAAUCAUGGAAGGAGAAAAAUAAAUAUCUGUGUUUUUACCAA